GCUGAGCACCAGGAAAGGGUGGAGUGUUUAUUUGGCGGAUUUUUGCUGAGCCCAGCAGAUGCUGACACAUGCGUACUUGUGGUGAGUUCUUCGCGUCAUGAGCCCAUUUAUUCCGGAAAAUAACUCUGCUGAAACAACACUGGAAAGUGACUUAGUUGUCAACAGAACAUUACCCGUGGAAGUGGUGACUCUUACGCCAAAUAUCACAACGUAUCAGAUGAUACAUUCAACUGCUUCCGUGGCGUUGCUGGCCAGUAUCUCGUGUGGUGUGAUCGUGAUAUGUCUCCUGGCAAUGUGCGCCAUAUGGCGAUGGAAACUUAUAACACGACUCAAGUCAAUGCAGACGACGGGAUUGAACGAAGAAACGCAAAUAUUGAAAUGUACAAAUCCACCCGUUAGAACAGAUAACACCAAUAACGAUGCCUCAUUAUUACAAACAACAUAUCGGGCUGAGGAGGUUCCACGAUCAUUGACGUCUGAUUCUCUGCAGUCCACCGCCUCGGCAGCCGACGCAGAGGAAGGUACGAGUCAGCCCAUACAACACAGUGAAGUGAGAAGACAUUCGAUGACAGCUUUUCGCUUUCAUCAUGAUUUAAUUGGGGAGCUAGAUCCAAGUUUAUACAAGAAUCACCAGGACAACGCGGUAGCUACUGGGCCCGGGGUUGUCAAUCACUUGAUCGAUGCGUUAUAUAUGGGCCUCCACAUGGGUAAAACAUAA